AUGCCGGCGGAACCCGGCGGCACCAUAGACGCCCUAAAAUGCGCAGCCUGCGGCUGCCACCGGAAUUUCCACCGCAAGGAAACGCCGGACCUCGCGCUUCAUCCCCACGCGCCACCGCCACCGGGUUACUACAGGCUUCCUCCUCCGCCUGUAGGGUAUCUACACCAGAGGGGCCCGCCACCUCCGCUGUCGCAGGCGCCGCCGCUUCAGCUCGCACUUCCACCGCCACCGCCGCCGCCGCUGCAGAUGCGGGAGAGAAGAGGGGAGGAGGAGGAUUACGGCGGAAGCGGAGGGAGGAAGAGGUUUAGGACGAAGUUCACGGCGGAGCAGAAAGAGAGGAUGUUAGGGUUAGCGGAGAGGAUCGGGUGGAGGAUCCAGAGACAAGACGAAGAACUGGUUCAACGGUUCUGUGAAGAGACAGGUGUUUCAAGACAAGUUCUUAAGGUUUGGUUACACAACAACAAACACACUCUCGGUAAGCGACCUCUUCUCCAAGAACCACCUCCUCCUCCAUCGUCUCACCAUGAAAAUGACGAUUAGGAUCUCUUCCCCCUUUUUUUUAGCUAGUUUUAUUAUUGCCCACGAAAUUUGCUAUCAGACCGUCCAUUGUCGAUGAUGAUCUUGUAAAAGCUUGCUAGCUUACGGUGUUUUUGCCUGCUUCCAUUUCUCGUGAACUUAUUUUUAUCUCUGGUUAGUUCUCUUUUCUCUUCUCGGACAUGCCUUCUGCUGAUUCCAUUCUCUUAACCAAACUCUCUUCUCUAUUA